AAGAAAAUUUAGACACUUGAGCAAUGAGCAUACUGUAAAGCACAUACUACAUUUUUUUAUUUAAUUAGUUGAAUAUAAAAUAAAUAAAUAUUUAGAAUUAAGAUUUUUCGGAAUUAGGACGCAAUCUCGAAGUGCUGUAGAUAUCAUAAAUAGAUUUUGUCAUGUAAAAGUAGAGCAAGUUUUUUCCUACCCUUAGAUAUAACUAUUAACAUACAAUUAAAGUAGUAAGCACUGUUAAAAUGACCGAUAAAGAUAAAUCAAAAGGAAAUGUACAAUCAAAACAUCUACCAAAAGAUGCACAAGUAAUAAUGUCUAUAAUGAAAGAAAUUGGCAUCACAGACUAUGAGCCCAGGGUCGUAAAUCAACUACUUGAGUUUACAUACAAAUAUGUAACUUCAGUCCUAGACGAUGCCAGGAUGUAUGCUAAUCAUGGAAAAAAGAAAACUAUAGACGUUGACGAUGUGAAAAUGGCCGUUCAAGUGCAGUUAGACUCAUCAUUUACAAAUCCGCCGCCGAGGGAAGUGUUGUUGGAAAUAGCCAGAGCCAAGAAUGUGAAUCCACUGCCAUUAAUAAAGCCACACUGUGGACUUCGAUUGCCGCCUGAUCGAUACUGUCUAUCAGCCUGUAAUUAUCGGCUAAAAGCAGUUGCCAAGAAGCCUCCUGGUAAACCGCAAGUACCAACUCCAUCUAUAAAGACAGUGACAACACCAAAACCCACACCAACCCAAAAUGUUGUUGUUAAGAGACCACCGGGGGCUAUAGUUAAUGUGACAAAGGGAAAUGUACCACCAAAGCCUGUAUUGAAGUUCACUUCGGCUAGUAAAGUAGUAGCAAAACCUGCUGUCCGAGUAACUGCCGGCCCAUCUCAUCACAACCCUGUGAAGAUGGAGCUAGAUGAAACGUCACACAAGAGAAAAAGAGAGGAUGAUGAGUAUGAUAUGUAAUUAUUUAGGAUAGAAAAUAAUUAAGUUAAAAAAAUUAUAUUAUGUAAUUUUAUAUGAAAAGUUGUGCUUUAUACCGUAAUGUACAUUGAAACCAAUAAAGACAUUCAUAUAAACACAA